AUGAGGAUUUACUGCAAAUUUGAGUUCACUAAUGUUAAGUGUAACUCUUUGGAUAAAAGCUUUGAUGACUUCGAGUAUUGUUAUUUAAAAUCUGUUAAUCGAAGUUAUAAAUACUUCUCCGUAAAGGUUAACUUGUUUAAAACGCCCGUUACCAAGGUUAAGGUUACUGGAACACUUUUUAAAAGAUAUAAUGGAUACAGGCCAUUCAUGUUUAAUGUAACUAUAGAUGCCUGUAGACUUUUGAGUGGAGCCAAAACAAAUCCCUUUGCGGACUACGUGUAUGGUUUUUUUAAGAAUUAUACCAAUAUGAAUCACACCUGUCCCUUUGAACAUGAUCUUAUGAUAGAAAAGCUUGAUACCAACUUUAUGAACUAUCAGGUAACUAAGAUUCUCCCUGUUCCAGAGGGCGAUUACCUUCUGGAAUUGCAUUGGUUGGCUUAUGAAAUAGAUCGAGCUGUUGUAAAGGUUUAUGGUAAUAUAUCAUGA